AUGAGUUCAACUGGUUUGAACCCGCGAAGAAACCUCCAACCAGGUGGCGGCUACGACUACCCGAAUACUGGUACUUCGGACUCUUUUGAUUCUCCAGAACCUGAUUUUGGUGACAGUGAUGAGGCGGAGUUGGUUUCUGCUUCUUGGAAUCAAGAUUAUAGUUGUUUUUCUGCUGGCACGAGCCAUGGUUUUCGCAUAUAUAACUGUGAACCUUUCAAGGAAACUUUCAGGCGAGAGCUGAAGGAUGGAGGGUUUAAAAUUGUAGAGAUGCUUUUCCGGAGUAAUAUCUUGGCUCUUGUUGGUGGUGGACCUAACUCCCAGUACCCUUCAAAUAAAGUAUUGAUUUGGGAUGAUCAUCAGAGCCGCUGCAUCAGUGAAUUCUCUUUUAGGUCGGAAAUCCGUGCAGUGAAGUUGAGAAGGGACCGGAUUGUUGUUGUUCUUGAGCAUAAGAUAUAUGUCUACAAUUUUAUGGAUCUAAGACUUCUUCAUCAGAUUGAAAAUCUGGCAAAUCCAAGGGGACUAUGUUGCCUCUCUCAUGAUAUGAAUACAUCUGUGCUGGCCUGUCCAGGUGUUCGUCGAGGAGAGGUCCGAGUUGAACAUUUUGGGCUUAACAUGGUACAAACCAUUAAUGCUCAUGAUUCCAAUAUCGCCUGCAUGACCAUGACAUUGGAUGGUUUGCUCCUCGCAACUGCCAGUACAAAGGGAACUCUGAUUAGAAUUUUCAACACAAUGGAUGGAACUCGUCUCCAAGAGGUACGAAGAGGAGUAGACAGAGCAGAUAUCUAUAGCAUUGCUCUUUCACCAAACGUGCAGUGGCUGGCAGUAUCAAGCGACAAGGGGACUGUUCACAUCUUCUCUCUUAAAGUGAGGGUUUUUGGGGAGGACUCACCCUCUUCUGAAAAUGAGACUUCUUCAAAUUCCCUGCAGGUUCUUGUUUCUCCAGCCAGUGGUGUCAACCCCGGUUCAUCAUUGUCAUUUCUGAAAGGAGUUCUGCCAAAAUAUUUCAGCUCGGAAUGGUCAUUUGCUCAGUUCCAUGUACCAGAAGUCACCCAAUUCUUUGCAGCAUUUGGUGCUAAGAACACAAUCGCGAUUAUCGGCAUGGAUGGAAGUUUCUACAGGUGCAAUUUCGAUCCAGUGAAUGGAGGAGAGAUGACUCAGCUUGAAUAUACCCGUUUUCUGAAGCCAGACAGCUGCUCGAGAUAA